AUGAGAAAAGAAUUAAAAUACCUUAUCUGCUUUAACAUACUCCUGUUAUUAUCUAUAAUAUACUACACGUUUGAUUUGCUAACGUUGUGUAUCGAUGAUACUUUCAAAGAUGCCAUACUUGAGGAGGACUUGAAUCCACCAUCAGAUGCUCCUCCAAAGCCUCAACUAAUACCCAAGAUUAUACAUCAGACUUAUAAAACUGAAGACAUUCCUGAACACUGGAAAGAGGGUAGACAAAAGUGUCUUGACCUACAUCCAGAUUACAAGUACAUCCUCUGGACAGACGAGAUGGCCUACGAGUUUAUAAAGGAAGAAUACCCUUGGUUCUUAGAUACUUUUGAAAACUACAAAUACCCCAUAGAGCGUGCCGAUGCCAUCCGUUACUUUAUCCUAUCCCAUUAUGGUGGUGUAUACAUCGAUUUAGAUGAUGGUUGUGAAAGGAAACUGGACCCUCUAUUAGCUUUCCCAGCUUUCUUAAGAAAAACUUCACCUCUAGGCGUGUCGAACGACGUCAUGGGUUCCGUGCCUAGACAUCCCUUCUUUUUAAAGGCUUUGAAGUCUCUGAAACACUACGACAAAUACUGGUUCAUCCCUUAUAUGACCAUUAUGGGGUCCACUGGUCCUUUGUUUUUAAGUGUCAUUUGGAAGCAAUACAAAAGAUGGGGCAUACCUACCAACGGGACGAUAAGAAUCCUACAACCUGCUUACUACAAGAUGCAUACUUAUUCGUUUUUUUCCAUUACUAAAGGUUCUUCAUGGCAUUUAGACGAUGCAAAGUUGAUGAAAGCGCUGGAAAACCACAUCUUGUCCUGUGUCGUCACUGGAUUCAUCUUUGGUUUCUUCAUCCUAUAUGGUGAGUUUACAUUUUAUUGCUGGUUGUGUUCUAAGAAUUUCAGCAAUCUAACCAAAAAUUGGAAGCUGAACUCUUUAAAAGUAAAAAUUGUCACAAUUUUAAAUUCAUUAGGCUUAAAGCUCAAGUUGAGCAAAAGUACCAGUGAUGCUGCUAGUGCCACUUUGCUGGCAAGGCAGCAGAAACGACUAAGGAAGGAUUCCAAUACAAACAUAGUAUUACUAAAAUCUUCAAGGAAAAAUGAUGUUUACGACCUAGAAAAGAACGAUUCUUCUAAGUAUACACAAGGAAAUAACAGCUCGUAA